AUGACUGACAGAACGAAAUGGGCCAAUUCAGAAGACGGGUCCUUUAAAAGACAGGCCUCUACUUUCAGAGACACUAUAUCGCCUUCACACUCGGUAUUCAAGCCUGCAAAGGGUCGGUACUGGCUGUAUGUUUCGCUGGCGUGUCCAUGGGCACACCGGACGCUUAUCACGAGAGCGCUGAAGGGCUUAACGUCCGUUAUUGGUGUGUCUGUCGUUCAUUGGCAUAUGGACACCCAAGGCUGGCGGUUCUUGCCGUACGAGGAGAGCACCAAGGGCGAAUACAAGAGUCCCUAUGGGUUCAGUGGGGUUCCAGGCGAAACGCAUUCUAACCCUACCAGCGGCAUCCGCAAUGAUUCCGUAAGACCCGGUGUAGACGGCACCAUCGACCACAACUACCAUUACAAGAGAAUUAGCGAACUGUACUACAAGGCCAACCCGGAUUACAGUGCCAGAUUCACAGUGCCCGUGUUGUGGGAUCUGGAAACCCAGACGAUCGUGAACAACGAGAGUUCAGAGAUAAUCCGUAUUUUCAAUAGCGGCGUCUUUGACGAGUUUGCAGACCCUAAGGUGGAGCCAAUUGACCUUUUACCAUCGGAUUUGGAGUCCCAGAUCGACGAAAUCAACAGUUGGGUCUACGACAACGUCAACAACGGCGUUUACAAGAGCGGAUUUGCAGAAUCGCAAGAAGUGUACGAAAAGCAGGUCUCUAACGUUUUUGAACACGUGCAAAAGCUCGAGAACAUCUUACGGGUGAAUUACGAAAGAGCGGUGGACAAGUAUGGAGAGAAAGAUGCAGCUUCCAAGUUAUUUUUGCUGAAUGAGCAACUGACGGAAGCGGAUGUGCGGUUGUACCCUACGAUCGUGCGUUUCGAUCCGGUCUACGUGCAACACUUUAAAUGUAACUUGUCUACCGUCAGAGGUGGGUUCAAGCACCUGGACUUGUGGCUAAGAAAUCUUUACUGGAACAACGAUGCGUUCCACGAGACAACCAAUUUCGACCAUAUCAAGCUCCACUACACCAGAAGCCACCCUAGAGUCAACCCAUUGGGUAUCACUCCUUUGGGACCCGAUCCUGUCAUCUUGCCCUUUUAG